CAUACUUAUCCUCAAAACUCACCACAAAAUCUCACCAAAAUCAAUGGCUUCAAUUCUCUCAAUCCUUCUUCUCAUUCUUGCACUUUCAAAUCUCCGCUUCACUCUACCUAUCGGAGACAACCACAUUACCGACAGAAAAUCCUUAGAAAUCAUAAUUGGUGGCGGUAACGACGACAAUCCACCACCGUCACCUUCGCCGGAACCAGAACCGGAACCUGCUGACUGCCCUCCUCCUCCUCCUCCUCCUCCUCCUCCUACUGACUGCCCUCCUCCUCCUCCUCCUCCUACUCCAAGCCCUCCUCCACCCUCUCCUCUUCCAAGCCCUCCUCCACCCUCUCUUCCUCCAAGCCCUCCUCCAAAACAGCUCCCGCCGCCUAUAAAGCGGCCACGUCCACCGCAUAGGAAGCGACCACAACCGCCGCCAAUGCCUCUACUCUCUAAUAGCCCAUUCUUAAAGAAAGCCUAUCCGAUUCUCCUAGAAUUUAAGAAAUCAGUCAAAGAUCCAUUAAAUAAACUUUAUAAUUGGGGAGGCCCCGACGUUUGCAGUUACAACGGACUCAAAUGCGCCAUGUUCCCGGGAACAAGGGAUCUCGCAGUCGCAAGCUUCCAGUUUAAUGGGUUUCAAUUGGGAGGCAAGUUAGAUAGCUUCCUUGGCAAGUUAGACACGGUCAGCAUCUUCCACGCAAACUCCAACAAUUUCAUAGGCUCUGUGCCUGACGUCAGCAAGUUGAACUUCUUGUUCGAGCUCGAUCUAAGCAACAACAAACUUACCGGAGAUUUCCCAACCAAUGUCUUGAAAGGAACCAACCUCACGUUUCUCGAUCUCAGGUUCAAUACUUUCUCAGGCUCUGUUCCUCCUCAGGUCUUUAACCUCGACCUCGACGUCUUGUUCAUCAACAACAACAAUCUUGUUCAGAACCUUCCAAGCAAUCUUGGAUCCAUCACUGCUCUUUACCUCACAUUCGCAAACAACAGGUUCACGGGUUCAAUUCCCGAGAGUAUUGGCAACAUCAAGUACCUACAAGAAGUUCUUUUCUUGAAUAACCAGUUAACCGGAUGCUUACCGUACCAAAUAGGAAACCUAAACCGAGCCACUGUUUUCGAUGUUGAGUCUAACAGAUUAACCGGUCCAAUACCGUACUCUUUCGGUUGCUUGGACAAGAUGGAACAACUCAGUCUUGCCAGAAACAAUUUCUAUGGAACCAUACCAGAGAUCGUAUGCGAGAUUGCUUGUCUUAAAAACUUGUCUCUCUCCUAUAAUUACUUCACUCAGGCCGGUCCAAAAUGUAGAAAACUUAUCGAGCGAAAGAUUCUGGACGUUCGUAUGAAUUGUAUACUUGAUCUUCCAAACCAGAAAAGACCAGAAGAAUGUGCUGUUUUCUUCAAGCGGAAACAGACUUGUUCUGAUCCUAAGUCUCUGUUUAUUGUCCCUUGUGGAAAGAAUCCAAACCGGCUUAAACCGGGUCAAGCACAAUUGGAAGAGAAAAAACCUCAAGUUUCUCAUCCGGUAUCUUACAACGCACUUAACCCGGACCGGCUUCGGAAUCUAUAACCUUCUUUUAAUUAUGAUGUGUGAAGAAACUAUAUAGCCAAGUUGUUUAUAACUUCUGGUGUCUAAUGCAAUAUAAGCGAAUAAAUGUAUUUGUUGUGAACUUUCGCAUCAUCACUAUAUGUAUUUUCAUUGUUGUAUAAUCCAUCGAUCCUUCUUUUGUUAUUGUAACAUCUUGCUUGAAUAUAUAGGAUCUCAUGAAUACA